GCUUGGUUUUGCUGAGCACCCUUGUUCGCUGCCUAUAUAUACGCCCAUCGAUCCAACCAGGCAGAGGCGGCCACCACCGAAUCCCCAGGUGAUCCCCGUCUAUCCAUACAACUCCCUCGAUCGCAGCAGCCUCUUCCUCUGGCCGAUCCCAUUCUGUUUCUUGGAACGGAGAUAGCGAUGAUGACGGCGGUGGUAGGCGCGGUGCGGGUGAUGCUCGGUGCGGAGGAGGAGCGGGCGGUGGGCACGCACAAGGCGCCCGGGGCGUGCCCGCGCUGCGGCGGCCCCGUGGUGGCCACCGACGUCGAGAGCGAGCGGCGCAUCCUCUGCCUGCCGCUGUGCCUCAAGAGCAAGCGCAAGUACUCCUGCUCCAGGUGCUUCCGCCGCCUCGUCACCCUCUACAGCUAGCUAGGCUUGCCAGCGACCUGACUAAUCUCGGCGCCGCCGGCGCGCCAUUGAAGCUCUCUGCUUAAGGCUAACCGUCAUCAGGCCGUGAAGGCUAAUGUGUUCUCGCCAAGCUGCUAGGACUAGCUGAUGAAUGCUUGUACACUUGUAGCUGAUGAAUCCUUUUCCUUUCUUGUGUUUAUAAAUAUGAAAGCCAUGGAUGUAAG